AUGUCGGUUGUUUCUCUCCUUGGUGUCAAGGUUGUGAACAACCCCGCCAAGUUCACCGACAAAUACGAGUUCGAAAUCACAUUCGAAUGCCUGGAGCAGCUAGAUAAGGAUCUCGAGUGGAAGCUCACCUACGUCGGAUCUGCCCAAUCUGACCAAUAUGAUCAAGAGCUCGACUCCCUCCUCGUGGGCCCAGUUCCUGUCGGUGUCAACAAAUUCAUCUUCGAGGCCGACGCGCCCGACACGUCACGAAUCCCCGAUGCUGAUAUUAUCGGUGUAACUGUGGUUCUUCUGACUUGCUCCUAUGACGGGCGCGAAUUCGUUCGCGUUGGGUACUACGUGAACAACGAAUACGACUCUCCUGAGCUCAACGCCGAGCCGCCCGCGAAGCCGAUCAUCGAACGAGUCAAGCGCAACGUGCUUGCCGAAAAACCCAGAGUGACUAGAUUUGCCAUCAAGUGGGACUCUGAAGCUUCUGCUCCCGCAGAAUUUCCUCCUGAGCAGCCCGAGGCUGAUAUAGCCGCCGAUGAGGAGGAGUAUGGCGCUGACGAAGCCGCUGAAGAAGCCGAGGCCGAGGCAGAAGCCGAGGCCGAGGCAGAAGCCGAGGGCAGCGAAAAGCCCACUCCUGCUGCUGGCGAAGAUGUCGAGAUGGGAGAUGGCGAUCAAGAAGCAGUAAACCCCAACGAAGAAGAAGAUGAUGCUGCGUCUGACGAUGGUAGUGUCGAUCUGGAGGGCGAGAGUGAAGACGAGCUCGAUGAAGAAAUCGUCGAGGGCGAAAAUGACGGUGAAGAAGCCGACGAUGGCGCCAUGGAGGUAGAUGGUGGAAAGCCUGACAGUGCCAAGCCCGUGGGCGCAGCUUCUUAA